AGUAGGAGGGGUUCAGGGACUCGGAGGUGUGUCUGAAGAAUACGAGUCUACAGCUGCAUACUGUAUCUAAGUCGGGGAGUAAUGGCAUGAGUACUGCUUUAUACUGUUUAGACAAGCUUUACAGUGCGCGCGUUGGUAACUAACAUUUGACUCUUUCUGCUAUCACGUCAGUCACUAAUUAGGCCUACAGGCACAGAGAGGCGAGGCGGAACACUCUCGGAGAAACUGUAAACUUAGUCAAAAGCGACCAAAGUCCCCAAACUCACAGGUUGAAAAGCCUUCAAACGCAAACGAUUCAUCCUUUCUGGCUGUUUCAAGGAAGCAUACGCUGCUGGACAUGUGAAUUUAAAGGAGAUACUUGCCAAGCACAACAAUGAAACCAACGAUUGCCCUGUGUUGCUUCGGCUUUUUCCUGACUUGCCUCUUGUUCGGGUCGAGCUCUUCUCAAUCAGUAUGUGCUGGUACAGAGAACAAGCUGAGUACCCUGUCAGACCUGGAGCAGCAGUACCGCACCCUGAGGAAAUACUACGAGAACUGUGAAGUCGUAAUGGGCAACCUUGAGAUCACAAGCAUCGACCGCAGUCGGGACCUCACCUUCCUCAGAUCAAUCCGAGAAGUGACAGGCUAUGUGUUGGUGGCGCUGAACCAGUUUGACUACCUGCCUUUGGAGAACCUGAGGAUCAUCCGAGGAACAAAGCUGUAUGAGGACCGCUACUCCCUCGCAAUCUUCCUCAACUACAGACGCGAUGGAAACUUUGGUCUGCGCCAGUUGGGUCUGAGAAACCUCACAGAGAUCCUGAGUGGAGGUGUUUAUGUUGACCAGAACAAGUUCUUGUGUCAUGCAGACACCAUUCAUUGGCAAGAUAUUGUCAAAAACCCUGGGAUGCAUCCUGUGGUGGUGCCCACCAACAGCAGUGUCACAUGUCAAAAGUGCAACCGUUCCUGUAAUGGUCGUUGCUGGGGACCCAAAGAGGACCAGUGUCAAAGCUUAACUAAGACGGUGUGUGCCGAGCAGUGUGACCGCCGUUGCUUUGGUCCCUAUGUUAGUGACUGCUGCCAUGGUGAGUGUGCAGGUGGCUGCUAUGGACCAAAGGACACAGACUGCUUUGCCUGCACCAACUUUAAUGACAGUGGGGCAUGUGUGACCCAAUGCCCCCAGCCCUUUGUCUACAACCCCACCACCUUCCAACUGGAACACAACCCCAGGGCCAAGUACACCUAUGGAGCCUUCUGUGUCAAGAAGUGUCCACAUAACUUUGUGGUGGACCAUAGCUCAUGUGUAAGAGCAUGCCCAAGUAACAAGAUGGAGGUGGAAGAGAAUCGCAUUAAGAUGUGCAUUCCUUGUACUGACAUCUGCCCAAAAGCUUGUGAUGGCAUUGGUACAGCCAGCCUACAGGCUGCUCAGACCGUAGACUCAAGCAACAUCGACAAGUUUAUCAACUGCACCAAAAUCAACGGCAACCUGGUGUUCCUCAUCACUGGGAUCAAAGGGGAUGUCUAUCACAAUAUUGAAGCUUUGGACCCAGAAAAACUCAAUGUAUUCCGCACCGUUCGGGAGAUCACAGGCUUUUUGAACAUCCAGUCUUGGCCUGACAACAUGACAGACCUGAGUGUUUUCUCCAACCUUGCAACUAUCGGCGGAAGAGCACUGUACAGUGGGAUUUCCCUGCUGGUGUUAAAGCAGCAGGUCAUCUCAUCACUGCAGCUCCAGUCGCUGAGAGAGAUCAGCGCCGGGAAUGUCCAUAUUGCAGAGAACAGCCAGCUUUGCUACUACAACACUGUCAACUGGACAAGACUGUUCCGUACUGCAAACCAGAAGGUUCUGGUCCGCAACAACCAAAGCCCACAGAAGUGCUCAAAGGCGCGGAUGGUGUGUGACCCGCUGUGUUCAGAUGCAGGGUGUUGGGGUCCUGGCCCAGACCAAUGCCUCUCCUGCAGAUACUUCAGCCGUGGACGAACCUGUGUGGAUACCUGCAACCUCUAUGAAGGGGAUAUCCGAGAGUAUGCCAACGGAUCUGUGUGUGUGGAGUGUGAUGGCCAGUGUGAGCGAGCCGACGAUGACUCUUUGACCUGCAACGGUCCGGGCCCAGAGCAUUGUGUGAAAUGCCUGCAUUUUAAAGACGGCCCUAAUUGUGUUGAAAAAUGUCCCGAUGGCCUGCAGGGUGCCAACAGCUUCAUCUUCAAGUACGCCGAAGCCAACAAUGAAUGCCAUCCCUGCCAUGCCAACUGCACCCAGGGGUGCAUUGGACCAAGACUGCAAGACUGUAUUGGCUGGAUGGACAGAACUCCUCUGAUUGCAGCAGGGGUGAUCGGCGGCCUCUUCUUGGUGGUGAUCAUGGUGCUGGGCGUAGCUGUGUCUGUGCGCCGGAAGAACAUUAAGAAGAAGAGAGCCCUUCGUCGCUUCCUGGAGACAGAGCUGGUGGAACCGUUAACACCCAGUGGAACAGCACCCAACCAAGCCCAGCUUCGCAUCCUGAAAGAGACAGAACUCAAAAGGGUCAAGAUCCUUGGCUCUGGGGCCUUUGGGACUGUUUAUAAGGGUAUUUGGGUCCCAGAAGGUGAAACAGUGAAGAUUCCUGUAGCCAUUAAAAUUCUAAAUGAGGCCACGGGACCCAAGGCUAACGUGGAGUUCAUGGACGAGGCCCUGAUCAUGGCGAGCAUGGAGCACCCCCACCUGGUCCGCCUGCUGGGCGUCUGCCUGAGUCCCACCAUCCAGCUGGUCACACAACUGAUGCCUCAUGGGUGCCUGCUCGACUAUGUCCUCGAGCACAAGGAUAACAUCGGAUCCCAGCUGUUGCUCAAUUGGUGUGUCCAGAUUGCCAAGGGGAUGAUGUACCUAGAGGAGCGAAGGCUCGUCCAUAGGGAUCUGGCAGCCCGAAAUGUUCUGGUCAAGUCUCCCAACCACAUCAAGAUCACUGACUUUGGUCUGGCUCGCCUGUUGGAUGUUAACGAGAAGGAAUAUAAUGCUGAUGGAGGAAAGAUGCCCAUCAAAUGGAUGGCACUAGAGUGUAUCCAUUACAGGAAGUUUACUCAUCAGAGUGACGUUUGGAGUUAUGGGGUAACCAUCUGGGAGGUGAUGACUUUUGGAGGGAAGCCAUACGAUGGGAUUUCCACCAGAGAUAUCCCAGACCUGCUAGAGAAAGGAGAGCGUCUUCCUCAGCCCCCCAUCUGCACCAUCGACGUCUACAUGGUCAUGGUCAAAUGCUGGAUGAUUGAUGCAGAUAGUCGGCCAAAGUUCAAGGAGCUGGCUGCAGAGUUCACUCGGAUGGCUCGUGAUCCCCAAAGAUACCUGGUCAUCCAGGGUGACGACCGCAUGAAGCUGCCCAGCCCCAGCGACAGCAAGUUCUUCCAGAGCCUCCUGGACGAGGACGAGCUAGAGGACCUGAUGGAUGCUGAAGAGUACCUGGUGCCCCAUUCCUACAACAUUCCACCACUGGCAUACACUCCCCGUACACAUAUGGACUCCAACAAGAACCAGUACGGCUACCAGGACCCCAGCUUCAGCAUGGAGGACAUGCUGGCCAGCCUGCCCAGAGUGGUGUCUGUUCCACCCAUGUCUGGAGGCUGCCUCCCACCACAGGACCUGUCCUUGGGGGGGCAAAUUGGUAGUGGAUUUGGCCGUGGUAACCAGGACGACCCUCGCUGCAAUGGAACCCUGAGGAAGCAGGCCUCCCCAAGGUCAAGUACCCUUGGGCCUGGCUCGGCUCUAGCUGUGGGACAAGGUGGAGGGGAGGACAGUAGUGGACAGCGUUACAGUGCCGAUCCCACCGGUCUUUUAGCAGAGCGAGGAGCAAAAGGAGACAAGGACCAGGACAGCUACAUGACUGCCAUGAGAGACAAGAACAACUCAGACUAUCUCAACCCAGUAGAGGAAAAUCCCUUUGUCACACGCCGAAGAAAUGGUGACGCCCACGCAGUGAUUGAUGGAGCGGGUUGCCACACCAUGCACAUGGCUGGAGCUUCUGCUGGCCCCAAGAGCCAGUCCACCCACGGGGACGAUGAGUACAUAAAUGAGCCACUGUAUCUGAAUACCUUCCUUAACCCUGGGGACAAGAACGGAUUGGCUGGCGCAGUUUCCAUCUCUGGCCUUGGGUCCUCUGUUGCCCAAUCAGUAUCGCAGACAGUUAACCCAUCAACAUCAAGCCACACGGUCUCCUACUCUGGAUAUGUGGUUCCCCCUGGCCACCUCCCCCAUCCAUCGUAUCCAUCACACACCUUGCAUCCGGGGCAUUCAGGACACACACUGCACUCAGGCAUCACCAGCAGCACCAUCAUGUUUGAUAAGAAAGGCAAGAAGGCCACUUUUGACAAUCCUGAAUACUGGCAGCACAGUCUACCCCCGAAGUCCUCACUGCACAACCCUGAGUACCUGCAGGACUGCAGCACACGCUUCUUCUACAGGCAGAAUGGACGCAUUCGCCCUGCUGUGGCCGAAAAUCAGGAGUACUUAUCCGAGGCUGCUAUGAAAGCUGGCAAUGUGCUGCCACCCCCUCCAUACAGACAGAGGAACACUGUAGUGUAGUGACCAAGCUGUAGCACAAUGAAAGGAUGAGUAGAGGGAAAGGGGUGGAGAUACAUGGACGUUAAACAGUCCUCUUGCAGUACUUCUCAACCUGGGUUCUCCUUGCACCCUGAACGUGUCUCUAUGUUUUGUUUGAUUGCAAGUCUUUUAGUCUCACUCUAAGGUUUUGCCUUUUCUUGACAAGUCUGCAAUUACAGUCACUGACAGCCUCACUUGACAUUUAAACCAUCAGUUUUAGCUCCAUACUUGGCCAUGAAGGCAAGUCGCUUCGAAGAUUGUUCUAUUCUGGAGUACACUGUCCUGCCAUCUUAUGGCACAAAAACAACACAACUAAUACAGGCACAAAAAAAACACAAUAAAAGGAAUAAGAUGUUCAAUCAGAGAAAAAGGAGAAAUAAACUGAGGUUAGCCCAAAGAGAGGAUUAUCGCCAUGACCUUCAAAGCUUUUCUUUAUAUACCUUUUCACGUUUAACAUAUCGUUUUGGAACGUUUUCCACCCAGAUAGAUGCACACAUUGUUAUUGCUUGUGUGCAAUCGAUCAAAUGACACAUGCACAUGGAGCUGUGUCGUCACUAACCAGCAAACCCGCCGCAGUCAUGUUAAAGAGCCCAGAUGUGGCUUGCAUGGUCGCACACACGCUUCUUUGACUUUUACAUGUUGCUGCACCAGUAAUGGAAUUCAAACAUUCAUCACACAAAGUUCUUAUCAUACCUAAACCAUGUUAACAUGCCUGCUGCCUUGACCCACCAAUGAUAUCCAUACAUUAAUUCAAAAGUAAAUACACCCACCCUGAGAUAAGCUUGCUGUCAUUUGAAAUAUAUUCUGGAGGAGAAUCUCAAUUGACCUUGUGCCGGAAGACUGAGUGUGCCGAUAUUGGCAGUCAGUGUUGCAGCGCAGAGAAAGGGUCAACAGGAAAGGAAAUGUCACCAGAGUUUUAUGGAAAGCUGUGAUAACACCCGGUACCUGGUGGAUGGAAUUCAACAGAUUAUUGGCAUGGCUUUGGUGGGAUUUAAAAGGCUGAUCACUCAGAAGACGAACCUCAACUUCCCACGUUUGUAUCUCUUUUGUUUCACUUUCAUUCACAAUAAUCUGGUCCAAAGGCAAAUCAUCCAGUUUAAUAUUUAUAAGAUCAUUGUAAGCAGCACCAUAAGUGAAAUAACCAAUGGUAACUGCAGUACAAGGAGUAAUGUUUCAGUGGAACCGAUGUUUGGGAAUGGACAGAUUGUUUAACAGGGAAAGGAGCGUGAUGAUGGAUGAUAAACCGAACAUGGGAGAAAAAAAUAUAUGAUUUUAGAAUGUGGAUCAGAGCAUCAUUCUUUUUUCUUUAAAAGCAUUUGGUAUCUGUUUACUUUUUCACCUUGUCUUACACUUACCCAUUCGCAAACAGCAAAGACACCCAGCCACGAAAGAUCCAUUUGGUUGUAGCUAAGUGGCUAACACUGCAGAGCUGUAAAUAAGCCAUUUAAAUGUCAUUACCAAAUAGAUGCCAUCCUGGACAAAGGCUCUAUGGACUGAACUGUAUCUAGAAGUGUAUCAAAAGACAAGGACAAAGGUUGUUUUUUUCAGCACUCUAUGUUCAUUCUAUUUUAUGUCAUAAAAACAGAAAAUUAACUUUGACCACGUAGUCAUGGCUACUGCUCUGUCUCUUAAUGUUAAGAUGGAACAGGAGGAAAGACUGCCUCUUCCCCAUUUAUACGGUGGAACACUAUGAAUAAAAUGGGACACUUCCUUUUCUAUUGGUAUUUGACAUUAAUGGUGAGAUAUUACAGUAUAAGUUAUCCCUGAAUCCUUUGAUGGCUAGCUUUCUGUAUUCAUACAAUACUGCCAGAUGCCAGAGUAAACUCUGAUGGAGACUACUAGCAUCUGCUGUCAAAUGACUUUGAAGCCUAAUUUAGACUGGGGUUGAUCGUUUAAUAGCACUUAAUGCUCUUACACAGCUAAAUUACGUUGCUGUUAUUCCCUCUCUAAGCAGCAAUUCAAUAUUUAUCUUAUUACAUGCAACUAUAAUUUACAAUCAGAUGCUGAGGGCUUGUGUUAUCUGUUUCAUCAGGCAUUUAACAAAGGACCCAACUCCCUGAAGAUUAAUAAUGAUAAAUAAUGAUAGUAAUAGGUGGGGUUGGGUUAUAUCCAAUGAUGUACAAUGUCAGGGGAACUUGACAUUGUACAUCAAUCACUAGAAAAUCACUAGAACAUUUUCACAUUUUCAGUACCAUUCAUUCCCAGGUAGCUAUCCCUUUGAUAACUUUUAAUUGACUCCACAAUCUGGCAGGCACUGCUGGCAAGAUUUGAUUUACUAGGAUUUUUGCUUCGAUAAAAUACCUUGAUAUUUUAGGUUUUAUUUCAAUGGAUUAAAGGGUUACUCCAGCGUUUAAUAUUGCACUUAAAUAAAGUUGGGGGACUUAAGAGACGAAUUAAAAACAAAAAAUCAAAAUUGAAGGUGCAUAGGCCAAGCUAUCUUGACUCUUAGACCUAAUCCAAGCAUACACAGGUAUUUUUGAAAACGUUUUUUCCCUCUAUUUCACUCUUUAAAGAAGUCCCAUCCACACAAGCACUGUUUAAAAAAACUCUUUAAAUGAAAAUACAAAAACACCAAUGCACUUUUAAGAGCAUGCCAAAACAGCACAGUGAAAUUACCCUAAUCCUGAAGCCAUGUUGGACAAUCACACAAAAAAGAAGCUGUUGGCGAAUCAGACGCCCUAAAAAAGGUUAUUACUGGAAGGCUACCUGGCUCCACUGGUGCAUUGAUUGCUCUGUAAUGCAUUCAGAUACCUCUGUUCCUACAUAUAGUGGAAGAUUAACUGUACAUCCAUGUGUAAACAUGUAAAAAGUACUGUUAGCAAGGUUAGAACAAGCACUAUUUUGGCCAUGUCCGCCGUUGCAUGAAAUGUAGUGGCAAUAAUUGCUCACGCUCCGAUGUUACAAUCCAAAAUCCCUGUUUUCCCUUUCUACCCAGCAACACUAAAAACGUUUCUGAAAAUCUUCCCCCUUGCUGGAGUUUUCGAAAAGAUCCAUUUCCAGUGACCUAAAACACAGUUUGUCUGUGGCCAAAAUUCAUAGAAAAAGCUAAGUUUCAAAA